AUGGCGAUACAAGAGACCGAUUAUGACGCAUUGUUUAGUAGAUACUCUGCUACUAAUAAGGGCUAUCUUGAGGAUGAGUACUUGGCCGAGUUGCUGCAGUCUUUAAUUGAUGUCUCUCCAUUAUCGGCACAAUCCCCACAUCAACAGAUGAAUACCAAAAGAAAGCUGUUGAGAAUGAAAAAAUCCAUAAAGAUGCCAAUUAUCAACCGGGGAACUUAUAUAAGAACUUUUGCCAUUGAUUCAGUCAUUGAAUCCUUUUUGAACUCUUUCCCCAAUGAAAAGACUCAAGUUGUUUCUUUAGGUGCUGGUAGCGAUACGAGGGUAUUCAGGUACUCUAACAGGCCGAAUCUCAGAUGGAUAGAGUGUGAUUUCGAACAAACAGUCAAAUUGAAAAAAUGUGCUAUACUGAAAUCUACAAAGCUGCGGAAUUGUCUUGGAAUUGACGAGCAAUUGCCAACCAACAAUGAGGAAUUCAAAUCUUUAAGCUCAACCAUUGAUACCCCCUCCUACCUAUUGCAAGCACUAGAUUUGAACGAAUUUACAGACUUUCGACAAUUGGACAUACAUGAUGUUCCAACCAUCGUUCUUGCUGAAUGCGUUUUUUGUUAUCUCCCUGAUUCAACUUGUAAUAAUAUAUUGUCCUUACUAAACACAAGCAUAUCCAACUGUUCAUUUCUUAUUUAUGACCCCAUGGGAGGCGAGCAGAGUGACAAUUUUGGAAAAGUAAUGGUUAACAAUCUAGCUCAAAGGAAUAUAUCGAUGCCAAAUCUUAUGAAGUAUGGAACUUUAGAUGCUCAAAAUGUUAGAUUUCAAGCACUAGGAUUGAAUCUCAAUGUUGCUUUAGCCACAAUCGAUCAUGUAAUGGAAACUUGGCUUUCUCAGGAAGAGCUAGCAAGAAUAAGUAAGCUAGAGUUCCUUGAUGAACUAGAGGAAUGUAAGUUACUGUUUAAGCACUACUGUCUGAUUGUAUUGUACAAAGGCUGGAAACCUGAACAGAGCUUUCAAGUAAAAGCCAUCGCUUAA